GAGCCGAUUCUGUGUCAGGUGUGUGUUGCAGUGAUGAUCUUAGUUAUUGUGGAACUAUUUGACUGGAGGAAGAACAGUAAAAAAAUUGCAUAUUGACAAAGAUACAAGAAAAUAACAAUCGCUACAAACAAGAGUGAUAUCAAGAUCAGGGAUCUACUUCCUAUCCAGGGAGGUGACAAAUGAACAAGCAGCUUAAUGGCACAAUAAACAAUGUUAUUGUUUGCUGGGAGGAUAACACAAUAAGAGCGGGACUUUUGAACACGUAUGUUAAUCGUUUUGAACAUGUAUGUUACACGUUUUGAACACGUGUGUUACACGUUUUGAACAUGUAUGUUACACGGGAACGCUCUGGCCUUGUAGAUGAACAAAAUAACACUAUGCAAGAGCAGUUACCAGACAACAUCCCCCUCCACCCAGAAUCGCUACGUAAAUGAGAUUGACAACUUCUUGUCUGUGAUGUUAAAAUCUAAAUAAAUUUUGAGCAUUUUUUUUUCUGCUGUAUUGCAAAAACUGAUUAUAACAUCUGGAGUACAAAAUAAAAUAAAUAACUUUUGUAAAAAUCUAAUUAGAAACUUUUUUGAUCUAAACAUUAAACCUCAAAGAGUUGAACUGUGACUUUUCUUUAUCUAGUUAUGAUGCAGUACAGUUUAAUGUGUAAAAUGCAGUAUCAUUGUUAUGCGUAGUUAAACGAUUAAACUACUUUAUUAAUCAGCGAGGUUGUUUUGUCAUUGUUUGAAAUAAUUUGGCUUUUCAGUAACAAAACAAUUAUAUCAAUUAAGAAGCGGUGUAGUGCAAUGAAAUACUAUAUUACUACAUUUCUCCUGAACAUAAUUUAGCAAUUCACAGUAAUUGUCCUAUUUUCCCUGCAAAUCUGAAGCUUCCAGUUUAGCUAUAAGCAAAAAUGUUUCUAUUAAAUAACUAGUUGUCCAUCUUGCUAAUAUUUUUGUGGUCGUUUACUAAUCUCUGUAAUGAACUCAGAUGUUCUUACAAAUAAGGAUUCAUUUGUAAUCUACCAACAGAGCAUAUUUAAGGUAUUGUGGACCAUCCCUGUACACCACUGUCUUAGGGCUUGUGGUAAAGUCCAAAAAAUACAGCAUGCCCCUUUUAGGGAAUUAGUUAAACAAACUGAGGUACAUUUUAUGAUUGUCUAAAGUUUUGGACCAACAGGCGAGGUCAGAGUUUCCUCCCUGAAGGUACACAUUUUAGACUCUGGACACCAAGACCCUACCCAUAAUCCUCCAGUAGACCCACCUACUCAGGUGAAUAUAAAGUCCAGACAGAACAGCUCGUAGGCAUCAAAUCUCAGCACAGGAGCAUCCUGAACAUCUCCACACACUGAGGCAACAUGGACACAAGAGCCUCUCUCUCCAUUCUUCUGCUGCUUUUUGGCAUCGCCCAGGCGUCUCCUCUCAUGGAGCAGAUGUCUGAUGAUGUGUUUGUCUCAGAGCCUGAACCUGUGGACAUCACUACAAGGAUUUUAGAAACCAACAAUGGAUCUUCUGAAGUCUUGCUUGAAGGAGAUGUGGUGUUUCCCAAAACCAGAAAUGCUCUCUACUGCUUCAACAACCAAUGUUUCUGGAAUAAAAACUCUGACAACAUAGUGGAGAUCCCUUACAUAGUCAGCAGAGAAUUCUCCAAUUUUGACAAAUCAGUGAUUGAGAACGCCAUGUCGGUCUUUCACGCCAAAACCUGCAUCCGCUUUGUGGCCAGAUCAUCUCAGACCGACUACAUCAGUAUUGAGAACAAAGAUGGGUGCUUCUCUGCUCUAGGUAGAACUGGUGGAAAACAGGUGGUCUCCCUCAAAAGGGACGGCUGUAUUUACAAUGGCAUCGUACAACAUGAGCUCAAUCAUGCCCUGGGAUUCUACCACGAGCAAACUAGGAGCGAUCGUGACAAGUAUGUCAAAAUCAACUUUGAGAACAUCUCUCCUGAUAUGGCCUACAACUUUGAGAAACAGAACACCAACAACCAAAAAACCCCAUACGACUACGGCUCCAUCAUGCACUAUGGAAGAACUGCCUUCGCCAUUCAGCCCUGGCUGGAAACCAUCACUCCCAUUCCCGAUGGGACAGUGGAAAUCGGACAGAGGCAGGGAUUGUCCAAAAUUGACGUUCUGAGGAUCAACAAGCUGUAUGAAUGCUGAAGAUGAGGCUUGCACACAUAAUUGAAUAUAGUUCAUGUUUCUGUAGAUGAAUAAUGUAGUGAGAUUAUGCUUUCUGUCUUUUAAUGGUGUUGGAUUUCUGAAAUGUGUGAUUGUGUUGGGUUGGGGAAAAUAAAGGUGAACUGCAAGACAAACUCA